AACUUAACAAACCACAACCACAACCUCAACCACAACCACAAGACACACCACACACACACUAUGGAUAUAUUAGUACAAAAACCCAUCUUCUGCCCAAGCAGCAGCAGCGAAUUCUACGAGCCGCCGCCAACGGGCUACUUUACGCCGUACAACACGCCGCCGUAUAUAACGCAGGCAAUCACAACAACCGGACCAGCUGGCAGCUGGCUGGGCGAACAGAUGCAGUACCUGAGAUUCCCCACACCGCCCAUCACACCACCACGUCCAGUUGUGCUGCCCCUGGCCGGCGAGUCCUCCUCCAGCUACAGUCCUUCCCGCUCCUCGGUCAUCAUGAAGUGCAGCAAGAGUGCCAGCUCCGUUUCCGUUUCCGGUUCCAUUUCCGGUUCUGGUUCACACUCCCCCACAGAGUCCUGCAGCGAGCAGAGCAGCGGAAGCGAGUGCGAUUUUAUCUGCAAUUGGCACGAUUGCGGAAGAGUUUUCGAAUCUUUGGAGGCGCUCGCUCAACACGUCACCUUACGUCAUGCGGUUGCCUCGCUGUUGGAUGGUCUCUACUACUGCCGCUGGGGCGGCUGUCAGCGCAGCGAGCGUGGCUUCAAUGCCCGCUACAAGAUGUUGGUCCAUGUGCGCACCCACACCAAGGAGAAACCGCAUCGUUGCCAUCUCUGUGACAAGUCCUUCUCUCGGGCCGAGAAUCUUAAGAUUCACAUUCGUUCGCAUUCGGGCGAGAAGCCGUACAAAUGUCACUUUGAGGGCUGUCAGAAGGCUUACUCGAAUUCUUCGGACCGCUUCAAGCACACACGCACUCACUCCAUGGAGAAGCCGUAUAUGUGCAAGGUGCCCGGCUGCCAGAAACGCUACACGGAUCCUUCGUCCUUGCGCAAGCAUGUGAAAACAUUUAAGCAUAGCAUUCAACUGAUUGCCAGCCAAACUGCCACCUGCAUGCUCGAAGCCAACGAUCACUCGCCAUCCUACACCUGCCUGCCUCUGAAUGCGCCUGUCGCUGCUCCAUUGUCCGCUGUCUGCGUGGAUUCUUCACCCAGUUCACAAUGCUAUUUGGAUUUGACGGACAGCGAUAAUGUGGCCAGCGAUUAUUCGCUGCGUGCCAAGCACCACAAUCAGUACACAUCCUCGGACUAUUGGCUCCACCCGAGGGAGUCCAGCUAUCGUUAUCUGCACGGCGAGGACUUUGCCAUGGAAAUGGAUCUGGACUCGCCAACGCCGCUUGAUCUGCGCAUCCAUAGGAGUUAAAUUACAUCGCACAUAUACGCUGCUGUCGUGGCGAUCCUCUCUAGUCAACAUGCUAACAAUAGCUCUUGUCAAUAAUGUUAGGUAAUCGUUUAGUUUUCAAUAAAGACUGUCUUAUAUAAUUCACAUUA